AUGCCACUGCCAUUCGGACUGAAACUAAAACGCACCCGGCGCUACACGGUGUCUAGCAAGAGCUGCCUGGUCGCCCGGAUCCAGCUGCUCAACAAUGAGUUUGUGGAGUUCACGCUGUCUGUGGAGAGCACAGGGCAGGAGAGCCUGGAGGCGGUGGCCCAGAGGCUGGAGCUGAGGGAGAUCACGUACUUCAGCCUCUGGUACUACAACAAGCAGAACCAGCGCCGGUGGGUGGAUCUGGAGAAGCCUCUGAAGAAGCAGCUGGAUAAAUACGCCUUGGAGCCCACCGUCUCCUUAGGGGUGGUGUUCUAUGUGCCCUCCGUGUGCCAGCUGCAGCAGGAGGUCACCAGGUAUCAGUAUUAUCUGCAGCUGAAGAAAGAUAUCUUGGAAGGAAACAUUCCGUGUACAUUAGAGCAAGCAAUUCAACUGGCAGGCUUGGCUGUUCAAGCUGAUUUCGGUGACUUUGAUCAGUAUGAAUCCCAGGACUUCCUUCAGAAAUUUGCCUUAUUUCCUGUGGGGUGGUUGCAAGAUGAAAAGGUAUUGGAAGAAGCAACCCAAAAGGUGGCCUUACUGCAUCAGAAAUACAGAGGGCUCGCAGCUCCGGAGGCGGAAAUGCUGUACAUGCAGGAGGUGGAGAGGAUGGAAGGCUACGGGGAAGAGAGCUACCCUGCGAAGGACAGCCAAGGCAGCGACAUCUCCAUCGGAGCUUGCCUGGAGGGCAUCGUUGUGAAGCACAAGAACGGAAGGCCUCCCGUGAUAUUUCGGUGGCACGACAUUGCUAACAUGUCCCACAAUAAGUCCUUCUUUGCCUUAGAGCUGGCCAGUAAAGAGGAGACCAUCCAGUUUCAGACGGAAGACAUGGAAACAGCAAAAUACAUGUGGAGACUCUGUGUGGCGAGGCACAAAUUUUACAGACUCAAUCAGUGCAGUCUGCAAACACCGACCGUCACCGUGAACCUCAUUAGGAGGAGGUCGUCUUCAAGGAUGUCUCUGCCUAAGCCUCAGCCCUAUGUGAUGCCCGCCCCACCCCCGCUGCAUUACAAUGGACAUUACACAGAACCCUACACUUCUUCUCAAGAUAACCUCUUUGUCACCAACCAGAAUGGAUACUACUGUCACUCUCAGACCAGCCUGGAUCGAGCCCAGAUCGACCUCAACGGUCGCAUCCGGAACGGCAGCGUCUACAGCGCCCACAGCACCAGCUCCUUGAACAACCCCCAGGCCUACCCGCAGCCCUCACCCAUGUCCUCCAACCCCAGCAUCACCGGGAGCGACGUCAUGCGGCCCGACUACAUCCCGUCCCACCGGCACAGCGCGCUGAUCCCCCCGUCCUACCGGCCGACCCCCGACUACGACACGGUGAUGAAGCAGCUCAACCGGGGGAUGGCUCCCGCCGAGCGGCAGAGCCACUCGCUGCGAAACCUCAACAUCGGCCACUCGUUCGCCUACAGCCGGCCCGACGCCGCGCUGGUCUACAGCCAGCCCGAGAUCCGGGAGCACGCCCCCUUCCCGUCCCCCCAGUCCGCCCACUACCCGUUCAGCCUCAACUACAGCUUCCACAGCCAGUGCCCCCACCCCUACGCCGCCGAGCGGAGGCCCGUGGUGGGCGCCGUCAGCGUGCCCGAGCUGACCAACGUGCAGCUGCAGGCCCAGGACUACCCGGCCCCCAACAUCAUGAGGACCCAGGUGUACCGCCCGCCCCCGCCCUACCCGCACCCGCACCCGCGGCCCGCCAACAGCACCCCGGACCUGUCCCGCCACCUGUACAUCAGCAGCAGCAACCCCGACCUCAUCACCCGGCGCGUGCACCACUCGGUGCAGACCUUCCAGGAGGACAGCCUGCCCGUGGCCCACUCCCUGCAGGAGGUCAGCGAGCCCCUCACCUCGGCCCGGCACGCGCACCUGCAGAAGAGGAACAGCAUCGAGCUGGCGGGGCUGACCCACGGCUUCGAGGGCAUGAGGCUCAAGGACAGGACCAUGUCGGCCUCGGCCGCGGACGUGGCCCCGCGGGCCAGCUCCGCGGGGGGCUCCCAGCCCAAUGUCUUUCCGGACCGGACAAGACGGGGAGAGGCGGCCGAGCAGGAAGGCCUGAGAUAUGGUCACAACAAGUCCCUGUCCGAGGCCACCAUGCUGAUACACAGCAGUGCGGAGGAGGAGGAGGAGGACGAGGAGGAGGAGGAGCUGGAGGAGGACGGCAGGGCACGGGCUGUGCUCGCCCCACGCACACGGGAGCCCCGGGGCAGUCACUCCCAGGAGCCGCCGCCUGCAGGCUGCUCCUGCACCGCGGCCUCCCCGGGCGUGGGCCCUCUGCACAUCCACGAGCCCAAGGCCCACGUCCCCGAGGCCGAGAGGAGGGGGAGGGAGGGCAGCCCCGUGCACAUGCCGGCGGAGGCCCGGCGGUCCCGGAGGGAAGGGCUGCUGACGCCCUCCAUGUCCGAGUCUGACCUCACCACGUCGGGGAGGUACCGGGCCAGGAGGGAUUCUCUGAAGAAGAGGCCGGUGUCCGACCUCCUCUCGGGAAAGAAGAACAUCGUGGAAGGGCUUCCACCGCUGGGGGGAAUGAAAAAGAGCCGAGUAGAUACCAAAAAAAUGGGUCCUCUCAAGCUGGCUGCCCUGAACGGACUCUCGCUGUCUCGCCUGCCUCUGCCCGACGAGGGGAAGGACAUGUCAGCCAGAGCCACCAAUGACGAGAGGUGUAAAAUUCUGGAACAGCGGUUGGAGCAGGGAAUGGUGUUCACAGAAUAUGAAAGAAUCCUCAAAAAACGGCUCAUCGACGGGGAGUGCUCAACGGCCCGACUCCCCGAAAAUGCAGAAAGAAACCGAUUCCAGGACGUGCUUCCCUACGACGACGCCAGAGUGGAGUUGGUCCCAACCAAAGAGAACAACACCGGGUACAUCAACGCGUCCCACAUUAAGGUCUCUGUCAGUGGAAUCGAAUGGGACUACAUUGCCACGCAGGGCCCGCUGCAGAACACCUGCCAGGACUUCUGGCAGAUGGUGUGGGAACAGGGAAUUGCCAUCAUAGCGAUGGUGACAGCGGAAGAGGAGGGCGGAAGGGAGAAGAGCUUCAGGUACUGGCCGCGCCUUGGUUCCCGGCACAACACCGUCACCUACGGGAGGUUCAAGAUCACCACCCGGUUCCGCACGGACUCGGGCUGCUACGCCACCACCGGCCUGAAGAUGAAGCACCUGCUCACAGGGCAGGAGAGGACCGUCUGGCACCUGCAGUACACGGACUGGCCGGAGCAUGGCUGCCCCGAGGACCUCAAGGGGUUUCUGUCAUACCUGGAGGAGAUCCAGUCUGUGCGACGCCACACAAACAGCACGAGUGAACCCAAAGGCCCCAACCCCCCGCUGCUGGUCCACUGCAGCGCGGGCGUGGGGAGGACCGGCGUCGUCAUCUUAUCCGAGAUCAUGAUCGCCUGCCUGGAGCACAAUGAGGUGCUCGACAUCCCCCGGGUGCUGGACAAGCUGAGGCAGCAGAGAAUGAUGCUGGUGCAGACCCUGGUCCAGUACACGUUCGUGUACAGAGUGCUCAUCCAGUUCCUGAAGAGUUCCAGGCUCAUCUAA